AUGUCAGUCAAAGGCGGCCAUAUCCAGGAUGAUAUCCUGCGGCACAGUCUGGAGAAUCCCGAAGAAUUCUGGGCGCACCAAGCAGAGCAUCUCUACUGGCACAAGAAGCCCAGCUCAACGUUAAAGCUCACGUCCAAGAAGCUGAAGAGCGGCAUUGAGCACGACAGCUGGGAGUGGUUUCCAGAUGGCGAAAUCUCGACGUGCUACAACUGCGUGGAUCGGCAUGUCGAGGCCGGCCACGGCGAUCACGUUGCCAUCUACUUCGACAGCCCCGUCUCCAAGACAAAGGAGAAAUACACAUACCGCCAGCUGCUUAGUGAGGUUGAGGUGCUCGCGGGAGCGCUGAGAGAAGAUGGCGUUCGCAAGGGCGAUGUGGUCAUGCUCUACAUGCCCAUGAUUCCCGCUGCCAUCAUUGGCAUCCUCGCCGUGAGCCGCCUGGGCGCCAUCCACUCCAUCGUCUUUGGUGGCUUUGCCCCCAAUGCCCUUGCCCAGCGCAUUGAUGCAUGCAAGCCCGUCGUCCUCCUGACAGCAUCAUGUGGCAUUGACGGCAACAAGCCCCCUAUCCCAUACCGCCCCCUUGUUGAGGAGGCCUACCAGCUGGCUGCGCACCAACCACGCCGGACGUUGGUUUGGCAACGAGAUCAGGUUAGGUGGGGGCCAACAGACCGCAGCGCAGGCCAGGCGACAUGGCAGACAGUUGUGUCUGGGGCGCAAAAGAGAGGCAUCAAGGCCGAUUGUGUCCCCGUCAACAGUGCCGAUCCGGUGUACAUCAUCCAUACGUCUGGCACAACUGGUGCGCCCAAGGGGGUGUUGCGAGAUGCUGGAGGCCAUGCGGUUGGUUUGCAUCUCUCAAUCAGCUACCUUUUCAAUAUCCAUGGACCCGGCGACGUUGUCUUCACCGCAUCGGAUAUUGGUUGGGUCGUUGGGCACUCAUAUAUCAUAUACGCACCGCUACUGGCCGGAGCCGCUACCGUCAUAUACGAGGGCAAGCCGGUUGGGACGCCAGAUGCCUCUGCUUUCUGGCGCAUUAUCGAGGAAUACAAGGUCAACACCAUGUUUACUGCACCAACAGCGCUGCGUGCUAUCAAGCGUGACGAUCCAGAGAACAAGCUUCUGGCCGAGACCGGCAAAAGGGGUGGCCUCCGCUCGCUCAAGGGCCUUUUCUUGGCCGGGGAGCGAUCAGAGCCAAGCCUCAUAUCCAUGUACCAAGAACUUCUUGACAAGUUCGCGGCGCCAAAUGCACAUGUUGUUGACAAUUGGUGGAGCACCGAGGCUGGUUCUCCCAUGACAGGCCGCGCCCUGGUCCCUCAUGCGGGCAAGGACCGCAAGACCAAAGUUCGUGACCACGAGCCGCCUCACUUGAAACCUGGUAGUUGCGGCAAGGCCAUGCCUGGCUUUGAUAUCCGCAUUGUGGAUGACGAGGGUCGUCCAGUCGAGAGCGGCAACAUGGGGAAUAUCGUGCUUGGAAUGCCGCUAGCACCGACUGGAUUCCGCACUCUAUGGGACGAUGAGGAGAGAUUUUACGGUGGAUAUCUGAAGAGAUUCCAAGGCAAGUGGCUAGACACGGGAGAUUCAGGCUGGAUUGAUGGAGAGGGCUACAUCCACGUCAUGAGCAGGAACGAUGAUGUGCUGAAUGUCAGCGCACAUCGACUAUCAAGUGGUGGCAUUGAGCAAGCCAUUACUUCGCACCCCCUGGUUGCUGAAGCCUGCGUCGUAGGCGUUCCUGAUGCCCUCAAGGGCCAAUUACCUUUUGCCUUCAUCACUCUCUCGACUCCGUCACAUCCAACUACCGCUAUCCCUGACGAAAAGACAUCUUCAGAAAUCCAGGCCCUUGUGAGAAAGCAGGUGGGUGCCAUUGCCUCACUUGGCGGUAUCAUACAAGGCAAGGGCAUGAUUCCCAAAACACGCUCUGGUAAGACCCUCAGACGUGUAUUGAGAGAACUAGUAGAGAAUGCGACCAAGGGGGAAUAUGAGAAGGAGGUUGCGGUUCCAAGCACUGUGGAGGACGCAUCAGUUGUGGAUGUGGCUAGGGCCAAGGUAAAGGAGUACUUUGAGGAGGUGGGUGGCAAGCAUGCCGCCAUUGAAGAGCAUGGAAUCAAGGCUAAGCUGUAA